AGCCAGCCUCCUAGGAGGCGGGAUUUUGGAGCAAGCAGCCCGACGUCAAUGAAGGCACGUUAGGACGAAGAUAAAACAAACAAGAUGCAGAGGCGAAUGUUAACAAAAGAAGACGAGGUCGCCGCUGGAGACGAGGUUGAAGUUCGCCGCGAGGACCAAGACAAGAUCAACAGGUUCAGUCGUCUGCAUCAACGAGAACUUUUACUUCAAGAGGAACUCAAAUCCAAGAAUAAAGAAAAAGAGGAGCUCGACGACAUCACCAUGGAGCUGGAGUUGGCCGACGAAGACGAGUCGGUUCCCUACAAGGUUGGCGACGCCUUUUUCCACGUCCCCCUGCCGCAGGCUCAGGAGAUGCUCUCUACCUCGGCCACCAAGGUAGAGGGCCAGAUCGAGGAUAUUGAGGACCGUCUGGGCUCGAUCCGGGAGGAAAUGACACAGCUCAAGGUGGAGCUGUAUGCGCGCUUCGGAAAGAGCAUCCAGCUUGAGACAUGAAGCUGAUGUGAUACUUGACAGCCGCUCAGUUGCACCUGUGCUAGAGAGUAGUAGUUGGGGAUUGAUAUCAACAGCCGAUGCCCACGGCUUAAAUUGAUUAAGCUUGAUAGGUUCAGCCAGAUCAACUUUAGCUCUGUUUCCAAAAUUCAGCAGAGGAAAAAGAGAAGAAUUUCGUUACACUCGCAGAACAGUUGAAAUUAUGUAUUCGGAAUGUGAUUGAGCCGUGCAAGCUAUCACAUAUCUAACCCGCCUGACCG